GUGACGUCAGGGUGGAGCUGCCAGGGAGGAAGAAAACAGCAGCCUGAGGAGGAAGAGGGAUUCAGACACCCAGGAAUUAAUAAAACUGCCUCUGAGGUGAUCUGCCCCAUCUGCAGGAGACAACAGCCCCAGCAAGAUGGUGUUCUAUACCUGCGGACCUAAUGAAGCCAUGGUUGUAUCAGGCUUUUGCCGCAGCCCUCCUGUAAUGAUUGCCGGAGGGCGCGUGUUCGUUCUGCCCUGUAUACAGCAGAUCCAGAGGAUCUCAUUGAACACGCUGACGCUGAAUGUAAAGAGCGAGAAGGUCUACACCCGCCACGGGGUCCCCAUUUCAGUGACGGGUAUCGCGCAAGUUAAGAUUCAGGGACAGAAUAAGGAGAUGUUGGCAGCUGCCUGCCAGAUGUUUCUUGGCAAAUCGGAGAAUGAAGUGGCUCAUAUUUCCCUGGAGACCUUGGAGGGCCAUCAGCGCGCCAUCAUGGCUCACAUGACGGUCGAGGAGAUCUACAAGGACAGACAGAAGUUCUCGGAGCAGGUUUUUAAAGUGGCCUCGUCUGACCUGGUUAACAUGGGAAUCAGUGUCGUCAGUUAUACCUUGAAAGACAUUCACGACGAUCAGGGAUACCUGAACUCUUUGGGCAAGGCUCGGACGGCUCAGGUUCAGAAGGAUGCGAGGAUUGGAGAGGCCGUGGCCAAGAGGGAGUCCGGAAUCAAGGAGGCAGAGGCUCAACAGGCGAAGGUCUCGGCUCAGUAUGUGAACGAGAUCGAGAUGGCCAAGGCACAGAGAGACUUUGAGCUGAAGAAGGCGGCAUACGACUUGGAGGUGAACAGCAGAAAGGCAGAGAGCGACCUGGCUUAUCAGUUACAGGUGGCCAAGACGAAGCAGAAGAUCGAGGAGCAGAAGGUCCAGGUCCAAGUGGUGGAGAGGACACAACAAAUCCAGUUGCAGGAUCAAGAGAUCCAGCGUAAGGAGAAGGAGCUGGAAGCCAGGAUUAAGAAACCAGCCGACGCUGAACGAUACCGCCUGGAGAAACUCGCUGAAGCCGAGAGGAUGAAGCUGAUCACGGAGGCGGAAGCGGAGUCCGAAGCUAUCAAGAUUCGAGGCGAAGCCCAGGCCUAUGCUAUUGAAAUCAAAGCCCGCGCUGAUGCAGAGCAAAUGGCCAAAAAGGCAGAAGCCUUCCAGGAGUACCAGGAUGCGGCCAUCGUGGACAUGUUACUGGAGAAGCUGCCGGAGGUUGUUGAAGAGAUCAGCAAACCAUUUACCGAGGUAAAGAAGAUCAAGAUGAUAUCGAGCGGUGGGGGCGAGGUCGGCGCCUCCAAGAUCACAGGCGAGGUUCUAGAUAUCCUGAGCCGUCUCCCAGAAACCGUGGAGAAGCUGACAGGCGUCAGUAUCCACCAGAGCGGAUAUAAGAAGCCCGGACGGAUGUCCUAACUUCCAGACGUAGCGUUUACCGCCGCCGCCGGUCCCCGGUGCGCUCAGCUGCCUUCUCCCGCUCCGACAUGGAUAUUACACCCCGGCCUUUCCCCUCACACCACGGUGCCCUUAGGUUUGGAGACUUUAUUUGGGGGGGGGGGAUAUGUUGUGGUCCUUAACUGUUUUAUUUUUAAGGCUUGGUUGGGGGACUCAAACAUGGCUGCCCACCCCCCCCCCCAUGGCCUGCGUUUCAAUCAGGGUAGCUCAUUUCCUGUUACUUUAUGGAUUGUUUUUUUAUUGUUCGCUGACAGUUACAUUGUCUGUUUCCCUUUAAUGGGCUUUUAACCCGCCAG